GGCGGUGGACAUGGGCAGAGCGCCGGCGCACGCUCUGCUACUGUCGCUGGUGCUGGGCUGCUCGGCUGCCUUCACCCACCUCCUGCUGCCAGGCCCCGAGGAGCCGGUGGUCAACGUGGCCGUGGUGUUUGGGGGCACUUCCUACCCCCUCCACAUCCGCUCCCGCCUGAGUACCCAGAGCUUCCUGGACAUGCCCCUGGAGAUCCAUCCCAUCACUGUCAUCGUCAACAACACCAACCCCAGCACCCUCCUCACCCAGAUCUGUGACAUCCUCGCCAGCCACAAGAUCCACGGCAUCGUCUUUGAGGACAACGUUGGCACGGAGGCAGUGGCCCAGAUCCUUGACUUCAUCUCCUCCCAGACCCAGGUCCCCAUCAUCAGCAUCAGCGGGGGGUCUGCUGUGGUCCUGACCCCAAAGGAGCCCAGCUCAGCUUUCCUGCAGCUGGGUGUCUCCAUCGAGCAGCAAAUCCAGGUGAUCUUCAAGGUGCUGGAGGAAUACGACUGGGGCUCCUUCACCAUCAUCACCAGCCUCUACCCAGGCUACAACAUCUUCCUGGAGGUCAUCCGCUCCUUCACGGACGCCAGCUACUUUGGCUGGGAGCUGCAGGAGGUGCUCACCUUCGAGAUGAGCCAGGAGCGGAGCAACUCCCGGACGCAGCGGAUCCUGCGGCAGAUCGAUGCCCAGGUCCUCAUUGUCUACUGCUCACGGGAGGAGGCCGAGUACCUCUUUGCCAUGGCAGAACAAGCCGGCCUGGUGGGGCCAGGCUACGUCUGGAUCGUGCCCAGCCUGACGGUGGGCAACAUGGAGGUGCCACCUGCCUCCUUCCCCGUUGGCCUCAUCAGCGUGGUGACCGAGAGCUGGAAGCUGAGCCUGAGGCAGAAGGUGCGGGAUGGGGUGGCCAUCGUCGCCAUGGGGGCGUCCAGCUUCUUCCGGGCCCAUGGCUACCUCCCGGAGGUGGGACGGGACUGCUGGGCUCCUGCUGGACCCCCUGCCACCAACACCAGCUUCUACCGGCACCUUCUCAAUGUGACGUGGGAGCACAGAGACUUCUCCUUCAAUGAAGGUGGCUACCUGGUCAGGCCCACCAUGGUGGUGAUCUCGCUCAACCCACACCGGCUCUGGGAGAUGGUGGGCAAGUGGGAGAAAGGCAUCAUCCACAUGAAGUACCCGGUGUGGCCCCGCUAUGGCUCCUCCAUGCAGCCCGUGGUUGACAACCGUCACUUGACGGUGGCCACGCUGGAGGAGAGACCCUUUGUCAUCGUGGAGAACACGGACCCCAGCACCGGGGUCUGCGUGCGCAACACCGUGCCCUGCCGCAAGCAGACCAACUCCUCCCAGAGCGGUGAUGGCCUCGUGGAUCCCUACACCAAGCUGUGCUGCAAGGGCUUCUGCAUCGACAUCCUGAAGAAGCUGGCCAAGGCAGUGAAGUUCUCCUAUGACCUCUACCUGGUGACCAAUGGCAAACACGGCAAGAUCGUCCGUGGGGUGUGGAACGGCAUGAUUGGUGAGGUGUACUACAAGCGGGCAGACAUGGCCAUUGGCUCCCUCACCAUCAACGAGGAGCGCUCCGAGAUUGUGGACUUCUCUGUGCCCUUCGUGGAGACGGGCAUCAGCGUCAUGGUGGCCAGGAGCAACGGCACCGUGUCCCCCUCUGCCUUCCUGGAGCCCUACAGUCCUGCCGUGUGGGUCAUGAUGUUCGUGAUGUGCCUCACCGUAGUGGCCAUCACGGUCUUCGUGUUCGAGUAUUUCAGCCCUGUUGGGUACAACCAGAACCUCACCAGCGGCAAGAGGCCGGGAGGUCCCACCUUCACCAUCGGCAAGUCGGUGUGGCUGCUGUGGGCUCUGGUCUUCAACAACUCGGUGCCCAUUGAGAACCCCAAGGGCACCACCAGCAAAAUCAUGGUGCUCAUCUGGGCCUUCUUUGCCGUCAUCUUCCUCGCCAGCUACACGGCCAACCUGGCUGCCUUCAUGAUCCAGGAGCAGUACAUCGACACCGUGUCGGGGCUGAGCGACAGGAAGUUCCAGAAGCCGCAGGAGCAGUACCCGCCGUUCCGCUUCGGCACCGUCCCCAACGGCAGCACCGAGAGGAACAUCCGCAGCAACUACCCCGACAUGCACACCCACAUGGUGAAGUACAACCAGCGCUCCGUGGAGGACGCCCUCACCAGCCUCAAAAUGGGGAAGCUGGAUGCCUUCAUCUACGACGCGGCCGUGCUCAACUACAUGGCGGGCAAGGACGAGGGCUGCAAGCUGGUGACCAUUGGCAGUGGGAAGGUGUUUGCCACCACGGGCUACGGCAUCGCCCUGCAGAAGGACUCACGCUGGAAGAGGGCCAUCGACCUGGCCCUGCUCCAGUUCCUGGGAGAUGGUGAGACCCAGAAGCUGGAGACAGUUUGGCUGUCAGGGAUCUGCCAGAAUGAGAAGAACGAGGUGAUGAGCAGCAAGCUGGACAUCGACAACAUGGCUGGGGUUUUCUACAUGCUGCUGGUGGCCAUGGGGCUGAGCCUGCUGGUCUUUGCCUGGGAGCACCUUGUCUACUGGAAGCUGCGUCACUCUGUCCCCAAGUCCCACAAGCUUGACUUCCUCCUGGCCAUCAGCAGGGGCAUCUACAGCUGCUUCAGCGGGGUGCAGACCCUGGAGAGCCCCGGGCGGGUCCCCACGCCUGAUGUCACCGCCAACUCAGCCCAGGCCAACGUGCUGAAGAUGCUGCAGGCAGCCAAGGAGAUGGUGUCAACGGCCAGCGUGGGUGGCUCCCUGGAGCAGGCUACCCGCACCAUCGAGGACUGGAGCAGCCGCAGUGAGCAUCUCCAGACCACCUUCUCCUUGAGGACACCCCAGCUUGUGGUGCAGAACAGCACUGGUGCCCACAGGGCCCCCUCCUCUGGCCCGGCCCCCCCUGAGAGGCUGGGAAGAGCCUGCACUGUAAAAGGGGCUCUGUUGGGCCCAUCCUUGCCCCAGACCAUCCCCAUGGACUCCCGGCUGUCCACGGAGGAGAAGUGGAGAGGGGUGAACGAGUACGUCCCCCACCACCACCACCUCCUGAAGUUUCGGGGUGGUUGUGCCAGGGACGAAGCCCACCCCGGUUUCCCCCACCUCCUGGUGAAGACCUCCCAGGCAGGGGAUUUUGGGGAGCAGGCACUGGUGGGGAAUCACAUCGGGGCUCCACUCCCACCCUCCAGGGACCUCCCACCACCGGACAUCUACAGGGAGCACAGGCACCCAUCGGGCCGGGGGGACCGGCUGCCCAACACCCCCCUGCUCCCAGGGGCUGGGGGACACGGGGGCUCGGGGACGCUGCCCCGGCUGCUCUCGGCGGCGGAGAAGAGGCGGGAGGUGGGCAGCCCCUUCCCGCCUCCAUCCUGCCCUCGUGGCACCUUCCCCAAAGCCACCAGGACUUGCAGAGCCGGGGGGGAGCUGGCCCGGCCGGAGGCGGCGGGGAUGGAGCGGGAGAAACCGACCCGGUGGGCGCGGGAGCGGGGCGAGAAGCGGCGCCCCGGGGGGCUGCGGCACUGCGGCUCCGCCCGGCCCCCCGCCCGCUCCGACCUCCCCGACCUCUUCCCCGAGGCCGAGGCCGGUCACAGCUGUGGCCCCCGCUGUCCCCAGGCCCCCAGCCGGCUGGCAGCGCGCUGUCCCGGGGCCAGGCUGCCGUCCCACCCGCAGCUUUGCCGGCACAGCCCUCCCCCCGCGGCGCCGGCACACCCGCCCUACGGCUGCGUGAACUCCUAUGGCAACCUGCCCCUCCAUCUGGGGCAUCUCUCCCGGGGGUCCCCAUCGCCCCGGGAGCACCCCGGGGUGGCAGGAGGCUGUGGCCGGGGGACAGGGCGAUGGGACGGCGGCUGCAGAGACUGCGGGAGACGCAGGGAACCGCUGGGGACAGAGAGGAGGAACGUGCUGGGGGCCCGUGGGGUGACCAGCCCCUGUGCCGGCGGGUCCUGGCGGAGGGUCCCCAGCCUGGAGUCAGAGGUGUGAGGGGAGAGAGGCACGAAGGGGUCUCCCUGCCCUUUGCCUGGUGUCCCCUCAGGCCAGCCGGUGGCUCCCGGCCAGGAUGCAGCCUCCCCUGGGUGCUGCACCCCCAGCAGCAGGAUGCUCCAAGUGGCUCGGCAGGUCCCGUGCGCUUUUUUUGGGGGGGUCAGAGGAGCCCGGCGGGGGCCGGGAUGCCCUGGUUUGGGCUCUGCCCGCAGGCAGGGCUGGCCGGCGACUCGAGGACACCAAACUCAUUGCUGCCGUGUUGCUGUCGUGUUUUUGGUUUCAUUUGAGGGACUCUAUAAACGCCACGUCCAGGUCAUUAAAGAGACAUUUUCAGCUGGCUGGGGACCCUUCUUCCAUCUG